AUGUAUUGGACUUUCAUUUCCAAACGAGUACUUUAAGAUUUAGAAUCAAUACCAAAUUCUAAUCCUGUCCAUAAAACUAUUAAUAAUAUAACAUCGAAAAUCAAUCAUUCAUUUGAAUUAGAUUCCUUUAAAUUAUAUUCAGCAAGUAAAAUAAGAUGCUAAUCAACUCAUGAAAUAAGUGAAAAAAUGGUUACUUCAAAAUAUUAAAGAUUUCAUGAUAUAUAGAUAGAAUUUCCGAUGGUUAGAAAAAGAAGACUUGCAAAAAUUAUAUCAAAUCCAAAUGACUACUGCUGUAAAUUUUUAGAAUCAAAAUUUUUUAGAGAGAUCAAGGACCGGAAAAAGGGGAACUUUAGCAGGUACAAUCUUGAAGAAAUACAAGGAUAUUCGUUUAACUAAUCCUUAUAAUGAUAAAGUUUUGCAAAGUUCCUAAUAAACGUAUUAAAUGAAUCAACAUUAGAUAGGAAAUGAUUAGCUCUAGAAGAAGCAUUCAUACGAUUUAGAGUUAAUAGUAAAUAAAGGAAAGAUAAUGUUCUAACGGAAGCUCCUCCCCUAAAAUUCCAACAACAAUAAGUCCUAUUACUCCAAUUGCACCAAAAUAAUGUAUUUUAUCUUAUUAUUUAGAACAAAAUUAUAUCAUUCGUUCCAAACUAGGUUAGUCUGUUGAUUUAGGAAAAUUUAAACAUCCCCGUCAAUUAUAGCCUUUAUCAGAUAUUACAAGUUGCUCUCCUAGAGCUGCUAUUCAACCUUUAGCUUAUAAAACCUUUCAUCGAAAAACGAAUUCAUAAAAUUCUAUAAAUUCAUUAUAUGUCAUGAAUAAAGUAUAUGGAAAUGUGAGCAAUAAAAAUCUACCUAAAUCAAUAUUCAAAGUUAAAUGA